AUGGCUUCACUGAGAAGAGUCAAAGUGCUGUUGGUGUUGAACUUGAUCGCGGUGGCCGGCUUCGUGCUCUUCUUGGCCAAGUGCCGGCCCAUCUCGUUGCGCAGCGGAGACGCCUUCCAUGAGAUUCGGCCGCGGGCCGAGGCCGCUAACCUCAGCGCGCACAGCGCCAGCCCCAUCCAGGAUGCGGUCCUGAAGCGCCUCUCUCUGCUCGAGGACAUUGUCUACCGGCAACUAAACGGUUUAUCCAAAUCCCUUGGGCUCAUCGAAGGUUACGGUGGACGGGGCAAAGGGGGCCUUCCUGCCACCCUCUCCCCUGCUGAAGAAGAGAAAGCCAGGGGGUCCCAUGAGAAGUAUGGCUACAAUUCCUACCUCAGUGAAAAAAUUUCACUGGAUCGUUCCAUUCCGGAUUAUCGUCCCACCAAGUGUAAGGAGCUGAAGUACUCCAAGGAGCUGCCCCAGAUAUCCAUCAUAUUUAUCUUCGUGAACGAGGCCCUGUCGGUGAUCCUGCGCUCAGUUCACAGCGCAGUCAACCACACGCCGACCCACCUGCUGAAGGAAAUCAUCCUCGUGGAUGACAACAGUGACGAAGAGGAGCUGAAGGCGCCCUUGGAGGAGUAUGUCCACAAACGCUACCCUGGGCUGGUGAAGGUGGUGAGAAACCAGAAAAGAGAGGGACUGAUCCGAGCUCGUAUUGAGGGCUGGAAGGUGGCCACCGGCCAGGUCACUGGCUUCUUUGAUGCCCACGUGGAGUUCACCGCUGGCUGGGCCGAACCGGUCCUCUCGCGGAUCCAGGAGAACCGGAAGCGUGUGAUCCUUCCCUCCAUCGACAACAUCAAGCAGGACACCUUCGAGGUGCAGCGCUAUGAGAACUCGGCCCACGGGUACAGCUGGGAGCUAUGGUGCAUGUACAUCAGCCCCCCGAAAGACUGGUGGGAUGCCGGAGACCCUUCCCUCCCCAUCAGGACACCAGCCAUGAUCGGCUGCUCAUUUGUGGUCAACAGGAAGUUCUUUGGUGAAAUCGGUCUUCUGGACCCUGGGAUGGAUGUGUAUGGAGGAGAAAAUAUCGAACUUGGAAUCAAGGUGUGGCUGUGUGGGGGCAGCAUGGAGGUCCUGCCUUGCUCACGGGUGGCCCACAUCGAGCGGAAGAAGAAGCCAUACAACAGCAACAUCGGCUUCUACACCAAGAGGAAUGCUCUGCGGGUUGCCGAAGUCUGGAUGGACGACUACAAGUCUCACGUGUACAUAGCGUGGAAUCUGCCGCUAGAGAAUCCAGGAAUUGACAUAGGCGAUGUCUCUGAAAGAAGAGCCUUAAGGAAAAGUUUAAAGUGUAAGAAUUUCCAGUGGUAUCUAGACCACGUCUACCCAGAAAUGAGAAGAUACAAUAACACCGUCGCCUACGGGGAGCUUCGCAACAACAAGGCAAAAGACGUCUGCUUGGACCAGGGGCCAGUGGAGAACCACACGGCAAUACUGUACCCGUGCCACGGCUGGGGACCCCAGCUGGCUCGCUACACCAAGGAGGGCUUCCUGCACUUGGGCGCCCUGGGGACCACCACGCUCCUCCCUGACACCCGCUGCCUGGUGGACAAUGCCAAGAGUCGGCUGCCCCAGCUCCUGGACUGUGACAAGGUCAAGAGCAGCCUGUACAAGCGCUGGAACUUCAUCCAGAACGGCGCCAUCAUGAACAGAGGCACCGGCCGCUGCCUGGAGGUGGAGAACCGAGGCCUGGCGGGCAUUGACCUCACCCUCCGCAGCUGCACGGGGCAGAGGUGGACGAUCAAGAACUCCAUCAAGUAG